CACCGGUGCACGCCGAGACAAGUGUUGAUUUUGAAACGAUCUGGUUAAAAUCAUAUUAAUGAUCCAUGACAUACUAUAAAUGUUAAUGUGUAUUGAUAGUAUUGAAAUGUAUAUGGUUGCUGAAAUGCAGACGUUUCUUUGUUUAUCAGCUCUAUUGUUUAAGCACAACUUGUACUCGGGACGUCCAGGUGUCUAAAACAAUGCAUCAGAGGUGGAGCUAGGUGAUUCAGUAGCUUAGGGAUUUUUAUUUUUUGGUUAAACAAAAGUUGCUUGUGUUUUUUUCUCAGUUUUUUGUUCACGUCUGCCCUUAUAUUGCGUAGCAAAAUAAUAUUUAUAACAGAAGGCGUUAGCUCACUGCUAAUUCUGACUAGGUCACCUAGCUGCUAGCACUAGCUAAGUGCUAGCUUUUCUCCUUCAUACUCUACAUUUGGGCUUUACACAAUGGAGGAAGAAGCCUUCACAGACAUAAAUGGCAAACCAAUUACUCUGGACUGCCAUAGUCACUCCAGCUUUUGCAAGGAGUUUACUGUUAGCUCUCCCAAGGUGUCCAUUGGGAAGGUGAUGGUCUACACCUGCUCUGUGUGGCUGUUAGCUUAUGCUGUGUUCUUCUUCACACAGAACACGGCGGUUCUCUCCAGUGCUAUCCUCAUCACCCUCGUUGGGAUGAUGCUUCACAUCCAUUUUGUGAAGGUAGACCACGAGUCUCUUCUGGUGAUCGGCUCCUUGGGCAUCCAGGUGUCCUCCAGCUACGCCUCAGGUCGCGAGGUCACCACUUUCAUUGAGAUGAGCAAGAUCAAAGAUAUUGUCAUCAAUGAAGCUAUUUACAUGCAUCAGAUCAUCUAUUACCUGUGUGUGCUGUUGAAGGAGCCUUUCGAGCCUAAUGAAGUGUCAAGUGUUGUGCCGUUGUUUCAGAGCUCAAAACCUCGUCUCGGCUGCUUGGUGAAAGUUUACAAAAGCUGUCAGGAGAUUCUUUCAACGUGCCAAUAACCCUCCAGAUUGAAAUAAUAACAAGCCUAGGUGAUGUGUUUUAGGAAAAUUAGCCAAUUCUCUAUAACGCAUGAAAGCAAAACAAUGAUUUCUUCAUUGUUUGUAAUUUUUUCCUAGUUUUCCACCUUCAUGAAUAAAUUCAUGUGAGGUGAUUGUGAUCUUUUGCCAAAUUUUGAAGAUUAGUUUCACAGUUUAAUUGUUUUUCUUUGUCGUGUUUAUGAUUUUUAUAUCAGCACUGACCUUUAUUGCUAAUCUAAUUUUCCAUUGAUAUAAUUAAACUUUUCAUUAUUUUGGGAUUAAUGGUUAGAAUAAACCAAGUAGAGGGAGCUGUUUUGUUUAUAAUGAUGCAUUUCUUUGUGUUUUAAGAAGUAAUUUAAACAUAAUUGAAUCAAGUUCCUGUUUUCUUGUUUGUUGAUCACUCCCUGUUUUACCAGUAGAGGGCAGAACUACAUUUUAAAACAGGAACCAUCACUAGUUUCAUGUUAGUUCCCAGAAAGACUCUUUAUGCUUAUGCAGCUUGUUUUAGUUGGUGUUUGUUACAGUCUUGAUUAGUAGAUCAACCAUUCUGGUUUUAUUAGCUUGGAUUACACAAAGAACUUAAAGAUUUAUGUGGAUAUUUUUACCUUGUGUUUAUGAAUUUUUUAUGUAAAUUAUUAGACAUUAUAUGAAUGUACCUUAAAAUACUCGCUCAUAAAUCAUGCACCUUCAUUCUUUAGAGGUUGGAUGUUUUCCUUGUUAGUGUUAAAGCUGUUUGUGCCAAGUUGUUUAAGGUUAGAUCACAGCUAAAUUAUUUUACUGAUCUUAUAUAUUUUAGCAAUAGUUCUUCAUAGGUCAACAACAGACAGACAUAAUUAAAGGUAAUGAUGGUAAAUAUCCA